AUGGUUAAACCCCAUAGGAGGGGUUGGAGCUCUAGGCUUGGAGAUGUACUAUGGGCUUAUCGGACGGCUUAUAAGACACCGAUUAGCAUGAGUUCAUUCUGCCUAGUCUACAGAAAGGCUUGUCACCUUCUGGUAGAGGUGGAACACAAGUCUUAUUGUGCUGUGAAGGAAUGUAAUUUAGAAUUGGGAGGAGCCGAAAUUGAAAGAAAAUUACAAUUGGAAGAAUUGGAGUGCAUUCGUCUUGAGGCUUAUGAAAACUCAAGGCUCUACAAAGAAAAGGUGAAGGCGGUGCAUGACAAGAACAUCAAGAGGAGAGAGUUUAGAGCUGGGGAUCAAGUUCCUCUCUAUAACUCAAGGCUGUGA